UUCGUAUCUUGGUGCAUAUUAGAAGUUGCCAACUCUUGAAAUAGUUUUUGAAUCCUCUGGAAUUGGUGUUAUGUCCUUGAUGCCCAUAUUUCAGCAGUCGAAGAGUGUUCAGAUAAAGGAUGCCUGGCGGUUUCUUUGCUGGAACUGCUUGGAUUCAACUUGACCUUUGCCUUUGCUGCCACAGUCUUUGUCCUGAUACAGGUAUGUUCCUUUAACACUGAUCCAGUAUUAGGCAGACUGCUGGUAUAUGGGAGAGGGCUAAAGCUACCUUAAGGAGACUAGGGAAACCACAUUGAAUUGUUUAAUGUUUUAAUGACAAAUGUUGGUUACGUUUCUCAGAUUUGGCAGGAAGGGAAUGUUUCUGUUUUUCAGUUUAAUUGAUCCGCUGUCCUGUAUAAAUUACAAUGUCUCACACAGCCUGUGGCCGCCGGCUCUGGAAUACCUGAAAUCAAAUGUUACCUAAACGGCGUGAAAGUACCUGGCGUGGUGCGUCUCCGAACCCUUGUCUGCAAAGCGCUGGGCGUCCUAUUCAGUGUUUCUGGAGGUAAGGAAAAUAAGUCAUUCAGCUUGGAUUACCCAUCAGACUGGCCACAAAACAAUCCAAUAAUACUUUACUGACUUCUUACUGCCGCCGCUUGUUUGUGGUCUGUGAAUGGUCUGUGGGUUAGUUUUUGUUAGUGAACCUAUAUAUAAACUUUAUUUUCAAUAUCCCACAAUUCUUUGUUGAAUGAAUAAAUUCCAUAAUGGGCUUCUGUGGAUAAACUGACAAUGUUCUGGGAAUAUCACUGAAUAUAACUGAUCUAGGCUUCUGUUGCGUAUUAUACAAAAUGCUGCGCAUGUUGUCCACCACCAGUUAUUGAUAACAAGAGUAAUGUGUUGAGUCUACACAAUUGCGUAGCCUCCCAUGACCUUAGUUAAAGCUAUCCUGCAGGCAAAAAAGUCAGUUUUGAUUAAAAUAAAAUGUAAUAAUUUUUUAUUUUUAUUUUUUAUAUUUAUAUCAAAAAUACUAUUGUUGACCAUAUGACUUAUGGAAACUCUUACCACUACAGUAUUGUUUUUUUCUAAAAUUGAUUACGUAAGAGAAUGUUAUUAUCCCAUACUGGUCCAUAAUUAGAGAGCUCAUUUUAGUGCAACAACCUUCGAUCUUCACAUCAUAGCUUCAGCAGAAUGAAUUUCAUACUUCCAUGUGUGCUUUGAUGGAUUCUAUUGAGUUGGGAUAACCUCUGUGCCCAGUUGUGUAUUAAUAUUAUUGCCAUACAUAGGAAGCCAUUCUUUAUCACUCACGCCCAGGCAGUUUUAUUCACAUAUUUAAAGAUUUGUGCGAUAAACUGUAACCCUCCCCAUGGCUGCAGCCUAACCAAUUCUGUAUGUCUGUCUUUGUCAGGUUUGUUUGUCGGGAAGGAGGGUCCGAUGAUUCACAGCGGCGCUGUGGUUGGAGCCGGUCUACCACAGGUGUAUAUUUUGUCAUAUUGGUUUAAGUUUAAAAUGAAUUGAAGAAACGUCCCUUUAAAGGUUUUGGGUUUUUUUCUGUCUAUUUCCACUUUCAUAUAUUUUCUCUUCCUUGGGCCUCCCAGUGAUGCCGUUUACUUUUCACUGACAGACUUAAUUGAAAAAAAGAUGUUGUGGUUCUUGAAUUAAGUCUGAUCUCUUUUUAGUUUCAGAGCAUCUCCUUCCAGAAAAUCAACUUUGACUUUCCAUAUUUCCGCAGUGACCGGUAAGGAACAAAUAUCAGUUGCUAUUAUUUAUUUAAUCACUGAAUUAAUGAAGCCCAGCCAGCAAUACUUGGGAUAUCUGCCUGGUAAUGACUAAAAUAAGGUUAUCCAACGUUUCUCUGCAUGACCGCCUCCGAGUGAUAGAAACAUGUAAGAAUCUGCGAUGAUUGUAGGACCAACUUCACAUCCGUGGACUUUCAUUUAUGUUCUGGAUCUUUUUAUGCUGCUUUAUGAUUCCCCUGGUUGGUUUUAUAAAACCUUUAAAGCUUAGAUAUUCAACCGAACGUGUUUUGUUCCAUAUGAGCACAACCAUUGCACCUCAUAAUCCCUUUCUGAUCAUUUGAGUAUUGAAUCUCUACGUAUCAAUCAGUGUUAAUCUAUUUCCUACUUUAUUUACUGUGAACUUCUUGUGACGGAAACACCAACUAUUGGCACAAAUAUUAUAUGGUCUCAAUGUGCGUUAUCCCUCUAGAUUGUAAGCUCACAGGGCUGUGUUCAGUAGUAUUUUCUCAGAGUUGCAGCAGACAUUGAAGCCCAUAGGAAGUUUUCAUUUUCCUUUGUAUAAGAGGGUAUAAUUAUAAAUCCCCUCUAUCUGUAAAGUACUACGGAUAAGAUUAGAAUGUAAGAACUGUUAAUAAAUACAUCUCAAGGUGUUUGUUUCAUUUAAACAAAACUCAUCUGUUUGUUUUUGUUCUUUUCGAGGGACAAGAGGGACUUUGUGUCUGCAGGAGCUGCAGCUGGAGUUGCUGCUGCUUUUGGAGCUCCAAUAGGGGGCACUCUGUUCAGUUUGGAAGAAGGAUCUUCUUUCUGGAAUCAGGGGCUCACAUGGAAAGUGGUGAGGCAUGGAACAGCGAUAUGACCCCCCCCCUCCCACCAUACACACAUUUUAUGUUAUACCGUUAUAUUUCACCUGGUGAUUUCCCUUUAAGUUGUAUGUGCUGCACCUUGUUUUUUCAUGUUUGCUGGUAGAAUGUUUGUCUAUUACUAAACCAAAACAAUCUCCUGUAAAUGUAAAAUGAACAAGCUGCUUAGAUGCUGGUUACAGAAUAACCACCAAUGUCUACAUAGAUUACUCCCCUCCCACUUUUAAACAGAAUAGAUCGCUCACCUCCCACUUUAUAACGGAAUAGAUCGCUCACCUCCCACUUUGUAACGGAAUAGAUCGCUCACCUCCCACUUUUUAACGGAAUAGAUCGCUCACCUCCCACUUUGUAACGGAAUAGAUCACUCACCUCCCGCUUUGUAACGGAAUAGAUCACUCACCUCUCACUUUGUAAAGGAAUAUAUCGCUCACCUCCCACUUUUUAACGGAAUAGAUCGCUCACCUCCCACUUUUUAACGGAAUAGAUCGCUCACCUCCCACUUUGUAACGGAAUAGAUCACUCACCUCCCACUUUGUAACGGAAUAGAUCGCUCACCUCUCACUUUGUAAAGGAAUAUAUCGCUCACCUCCCACUUUGUAACGGAAUAGAUCACUCACCUCCCGCUUUGUAACGGAAUAUAUCACUCACCUCCCACUUUGUAACGGAAUAGAUCGCUCACCUCCCACUUUGUAACGGAAUAGAUCACUCACCUCCCACUUUGUAAAGGAAUAUAUCGCUCACCUGCCACUUUGUAACGGAAUAUAUCGCUCACCUCCCACUUUGUAACGGAAUAUAUCGCUCACCUCCCACUUUGUAACAGAAUAGAUCGCUCACCUCCCGCUUUGUAACAGAAUAGAUCACUCACCUUCCACUUUGGAACGGAAUGGCUAGUAAUUUAAAUUAACCUUAUUUAGACAAGAAUGGACAGUUAUUGUCAUUAUGUUAAUAUUUCAAUCUCUACUCUCUCAGCUCUUCUGCUCCAUGUCGGCAACUUUCACUCUGAAUUUCUUUCGCUCUGGGAUACAGUUUUCAAGCUGGGGAUCUUUCCAAGUGCCUGGACUUCUGAAUUUUGGUGAAUUUAAGGUGUGUACACAUUCUGCUUUUUAAUAUAGUAAGAUUUAAGUCUUUACCCUGAGUAUAGUUAGUGCUGGUCUUGAUGUAGGGGGUUAAUGGGCUCCCUCUCACCCUCUCUCCCCAAACCAUUUAAGUCGUAAAUCGCAUGAAACAUGAAUGCUUUCUGUUAACAUUGAGAAUCUUCUUUCAUAUUUAUGAACAACACUGCUAGAUGCCCGAUGUGCCACAUAAUCUCUUUAUGCCGUUAGGAUGUUCCAUUACAUCGUUACUAUAAUGGCUUUAGUGCCUUUUGGAUGUAAUGACACGUCCUGCAGAUUUGUUCUGUGCAGGGUUAAAUUCUUGCUCACAUUAGGGAACCCCAGGUAUCGGUGGGGCUCCCCUCUGUCUGCUGGGGCUAUUCUCAGGGGCCCCAGACUUUUUGGAAGCCAGUGCUGCAAGUGGAUCUUUAAAUAGGCACUUAAAUGCCUUAAUAGAUAUCAUGGUGUGAGCAGGGCUAAAUCCAUUGCUACCUGGGGCUUCUGUUAAUUUGCUGGGGCCGUUUUUAGUGGGUCCAGUCUGAUUGAUGUGCUCUGUGCAGCGCUGGAAGCCAACACUCUUCGGGGCCCUUUAACGUAUUCAUAAAACUGCGUCUGAGCGUGACCGUGCUUAGCCAUGGUGUUUGUGGCUGCAGGCAGCUUGUGAGGACCCUCAAGGUCUGCCCCCAGCUGUGUGGGACCGGUGCUGGGCUUAGCCAGGGUCGGCUGGGAAACAAGCUCAUUCAGAAUUACACCAAGUAUUAUUCUGAAACGGCCAGUAGAUGGUAGCAACAUACCACCAUCUACUGCGUUAAAUACAGUAAAACCCAUUUCUAAUAACAGAAUUGAUAUUAGCAGUGGCUUACGUUGGGGUUGCGUUUAGUUUUAUUUUUUUUACAUUUGUAACAGUCACAAAAUGUAUUUUCUUUUUCUUCUGGUUUGAUUUUGUAUUUGUUUUCCUUUCAGUGCUCUGAUUCAGAUAAACAAUGUCACCUGUGGACUAUAGUUGACUUGGCGUUUUUUAUCAUCAUGGGUGUGGUUGGAGGUUUGCUAGGCGCCACCUUCAAUUGUCUGAAUAAAAGGCUUGCCAAAUAUCGAAUGAAGAAUGUACACCCGAAACCUAAGCUGGUCAGGUACAGACUGUGUGUUGGUUUAUUGUUCCACACUGUCUAUAUACCAGCUUGUGAUAACGUUUGUACAGGCAGCCAAGGUUGCUCUCUAACAUGACGUUCUCCUGCAGGGUCUGUGAGAGUCUACUUGUCUCCUUGGUUACAACGGUGAUCGUGUUUGUAGCAUCCAUGGUCUUGGGAGAAUGCAGAACUCUCUCUCCACCAACAAACUGGAGCAAUAGCAGCCAUUCCUUGCCGGUAUGUUGUGCAUGAGAAGGAGAGAAGUGAUUUUAUGCUUUGACAGAGUCCUUCUAUUCUAUACUGAAUCCAACAACCUAAAAAUCUCUGAGACUCAUAGUUCAUGGCUGAAGGAAAGAGUCUAGCACCUCCGAAUUAAAGGGACACGUGCAACAUAAAUCCAGUUUGGUGUAGCGUUUGUCCUGCCUAAAGUGCCUGAGAGCCCUCUUCUGGGUUUUAUGCUAACGGAUGGACAAAUAUGAAAGCUCUCCGUGACCCCCAAGACAGCCCGUUCUUCAGCCAUGUUGAUAAUGCAGAAUUACUCUUGCACAUUAUCAGUGUGGAUUUUGUCCCCUCCCUGAAUAUGAUUCAUAUUUUAGCAGAGUUUUACAUGUAAAGCAUACGGUGGGAAACCAAUAGUUACAUUUAGUUACCAUGCUGCAAACUAACAGCUUAUCAACCGGUACCAAAAAGGGACUUUUUUAUCAAACCUGCCUGCAUGAUCAUUACCUAAUUAUCUAAAUACUUCACUUUAACUUCCAUUAGCUUCUACAUACCUCCUGAGAUAUAAAUGUUAUUAUCCAACUCCAUAUUGUAUAUACUAGUUAAAGUUUGUCUGAUUUCACAUUGCAAAGAGUGUAACGUACUGCACCUCAGGCACAGAUCUCUCUAUCUGGCCAGCUGCUAUACGGCCCAUCUUGCCAUGAAUCCAAAUAAAUUACAUUUUGCUAUACGUUUGGUUGAUUUCAACAUUUUCUGACGCCAUUUCUGGUUUUAGGUUCCUUGGGUCUCCAAUUCAGAAGACGUGAAUUCCAGCAUCAAGACUUUCUUCUGUCCUAACAACACCUACAACGAUAUGGCCACUCUGUUUUUCAACCCCCAGGAGUCCGCCAUCUUACAGCUGUUCCAUCAGGAUGGUGAGUUCCUUACACGUCCAAAGUGUCUGCUGGCUCUGCAGUGCUCUGCUGUCUAUAGCUGUGGAGUGAAAGCUUCUCUACAUCUCUUGUGUUCCAGGCACUUUCAGCCCCGUCACUCUGUCUUUCUUCUGCUGUAUGUAUUUCCUCCUCUCAUGCUGGACGUAUGGUAUCUCUGUCCCCAGUGGUCUGUUCGUACCCUCGUUACUUUGUGGUGCUGCCUUCGGUCGCUUGGUUGCUAACCUGCUCAAAAGGUAGACUAUGCCCCAUGCUGUAGUGUUUCAGCCAGUGCAACGUCUGGGGUUUCCCUUUCUGCUUCCUAGUGUACUGCUUUGACUGUCUGUCUCUCUGUCCAGUUAUUUGGGGCUGACCCACAUCUACUCUGGAACAUUUGCAUUGAUUGGUGCUGCGGCCUUUCUUGGAGGUGUGGUCCGCAUGACCAUAAGCCUUACUGUGAUCCUCAUCGAAUCGACCAAUGAGAUCUCAUAUGGAUUGCCAAUCAUGAUUACACUGAUGGUAAGUCCUCCCAGAGCACCGUCUAUCCAGUAAAUUUGUUACGAAAACAAUGUUUGUUUAUAAGGAGACUGUAGAUUUUUAAAAAACAUAUAUUCACUGAAUCUGCAAACCUCAGUAAGUGUGUGCACCGUUCUAAUACCGUGUGUACAUUUUCGGUAACUUUGAAGAAUAGUUUGCACUGGGUGCUGCUCUUUCAUAUCAUGUUAUAACAGGUCAUCUUUGUGGAAACAAGCUAGCUCAGGAUAGUUUAGACUGCUCUGACCCCGCAGGUGUGUAAUCCAGACACCUCACUGUUAACUCUGUUGCUUUCUUCUAGGUUGCAAAAUGGACAGGUGAUUUUUUUAAUAAAGGGAUAUAUGACAUCCACGUGACCCUGAAAGGCGUCCCUCUCCUGGAGUGGGAAACCAAGGAAGAAAUGGACAAGUAAGAACGUGCUCUUAUUAAUCUUGGUGUUUGAGCGGGGAUCUCAAGAAAGCAAUUUCACCCACAGAUGUUUCCUUUUGGUUUACAACUUUGGUGCCAUUUUAUCCCUCUCUGGGGUCCACAAUUAUCAACCACGACACUCUGCUUCCCAUAUAUUUUACUGUGCCAUCAACAGGGCGACCACUCUAUUGGUUACAUGUAAAAUUAUGGGCCUAUUGGCCACCAAACCACGUUGUGGAAGCCAGUUGAGAAGUUUGACUUACCUGCUGUUCGGUGACAGUCUGUCUUAAAUGUCAUUUUUCUUCAGUGCCUGUUGUCCUAUUCUAUGCCUCUUAUUUUUCUUUUGCAAAGCACCGUAGCCAAUAUAGCUCACUAUAGACUUUGGGGUGCUAUAAGUCUAUGGAUGGUAUUCCCCAAUUUUCUUACAAACCAUUUAAAUCCAUGUGACGAGAAUCACAGGUUUACUGGAAGCUUUAGCCUGGCCGCUCCGGGAUCUCACUGAUAAUGUAGAAAUUGCACUGCCAUAUUACUCCAUGUCAGUUCAUCCAUCCUUUGAUUGUAGUGAUAGACUAAAACCUCUUGGCUAACCAGUUGAAGCACACUUUAGAACAAAUAAAUAAAACUUGGCCAAUUCAGUACAGUAUUUAGUGAUUUUAUGACACCUUUCCUUUCUGUCAUACACAUUGGUCAACCGUGACAGAUAUGCUUGGGGUACCCCCACUGGUCCAUAAAUUAUACGCAAUCUCUCACAUGAUAAAUACACACAAGGUGUAAAAAAAAAAAAAAAGUUUGUAUUUAUUUUGUAACAAAUGUAUAUAACUGAUGUCAGAGCACUAUUUAGAAAGGCAUUUCAAAAACAUGCAUAGCAACAAUGGCAAAAUUGCUCUGGUCCUAGUGUGAAUACCAGUCUUGGUUAUAAAUAUAUUUUAAUUUGAAUAAAUCCUUUAUCUGUGAGUAAUGAGGUUCCCUUGUGUCUCUACAAAUUUGCUACAGGUUGAGAGCCAGCGAUAUAAUGGAACCCAACCUUACCUAUGUUUACCCCCAUACCCGGGUCCAGUCGUUGGUCAGCAUCCUCCGUACAACCGCACAUCAUGCGUUUCCUGUGGUCACCGAGAACCGUGGCAAUGAGAAGGAAUUCAUGAAAGGGAACCAGCUUAUAAGCAAUAAUAUUAAGUUUAAGGUGGGGUUAAUGUGUAAAACCAGUUGUAAAUCAUGGCUUUGUCUCCUGAAUCUAACCUUUUAUUUUAAAACCCACUGUCUGUGGUUUGAUUUGACCACCGUUUUUGUUAAUGGAGGAAAUGAGCUAAAAAAAGAAAAUGCUCCCUCACUUCUUGAAGGUGCAUUGUUUACUGUAAGUCCUGCUGUGAGCUCUCCCAGACAAGAAGGUAGCUGACACUUGGCAGCCAAACGUAGCCGUCAGAUUGUUGUCAAUGGGAAUGCUGAAUAUAUCCCAAAAACCCCUGUUUAUACCCCAGGGAUACAUUACUCAGCACUUGGCGCAAUGUAACUACUUCCCAGACUGAUGGGAACUGAGCCACAGUUGAACCGAUAGUUGUUAUUAUGGUACUUCGUGGGUCUUGUUAAUGUGCUCUUGCAAUGUAGGUUCUCCCAAGUGUCUCCUGUUUAAAGAAUAGAUCUGGUCACCCUAUUGAUAUGCAACAAGACUGCCUUCAAGUGACCAACAUCAUGCAUAAAGCUGCCAUCCCAUUCCUUGGUUGCUUAUAUGGGAUGUUCUUUGUUUUUCUAUAGAAAUCCAGCAUUUUGACUCGUGCAGGCGAGCAGAGGAAGCGGAGUCAGUCUAUGAAGUCUUAUCCGUCCAGCGAGCUGCGCAAUAUGUGUGAUGAGCAUAUUUCAUCCGAGGAACCUUUGGAGAAAGAGGAUAUGUUGCAGCAGAUGCUGGAACGGAGGUAUUCUCCCAGAGGGAGACAGAAAAUCAAACCGUGAACUCACAACCAUUGAGUUGUGCAGUGGAACAAGUGAUACAGUGAUAGUUAUUUGCUAAAUGGACACUUACAAUGGAGAUUACCGCAGAGCUAACCACACCGCACCUACAUGGACAAAAUCAAGGAGUCUUUCACCAGCAUGUUAAUCCUAUGUAUCUCUCUUUUAGAUAUACUCCUUAUCCCAAUCUUUACCCCGACCAGUCUCCAAGUGAGGAGUGGACCAUGGAAGAACGUUUCCGACCUUUGACCUUCCAUGGUCUUAUUCUACGUUCUCAGCUGGUCACGUUACUUGUCCGUGGUGUGUGCUAUUCUGAAAACCAGUCGGUGAGUCCCUCAGUGGUGGUCACGAUGCAGAGUCAGGGGUUUCCAGUAAGGCUCUGUCUCUUUCAGUAGACUGUGGAAUGCAAUGCGGAGGCAGCUAUUUUAACACAGAGUUAGUGCCAUCCAAGGAGUAAAUAUUCAAUUUUUCCUUUGAUUGGUAAUUGCCUAUCAAACCGGCAGAGUUUUUUUUCACUCAAUCGACAGUUCUUUCUCUGCUCUGAUGAGAUGUGCUGCAUGUUCCUGCAAGUCAUUUUAUUAUUCAUAAUGAGACUGCGCCUCUCUCUCAUUCAGUGAAAAACGCGCUGAUUUGGGAUUCCAUACAGGUCAGAUCCAAUGUCCAAAUCAGGACUGUUUAUUUAAUGUAUCAUUACAACCACACAAUAUAUCCAUUUUACACACUACACGUCGUUACUGAGACGCGCACACAUUGGAGAGGAAACUGUGUUGUACUGUUUAGACUGUAAACGAACGGAAAUAGUUUAUUGUUAACAUCAGUUUAUGACCCACCAACGUUAGGGUAUUUUUUGGCCAUAAACAGUAUUGCCAAUUCCCCACAUAUAUAUUUUUUAUUAUUAUUAUUUUUUAUUGGCAAUUUUUAAGUUUCCUUAGAAGAUUGAACGUGUGUGGUUAUUUUUUUUCUAUUUUUUUUGUGUGUGUGUGUGUGUUCGUGUGUUCACUUGCCCAAACAGGAGAACAUUUCCUCUUGCUGUUGGACAAAACUGUUACCUGGUUUCAAAAGACUAAAUGGUGUUUAUUUUAUUUUUACUUUAAUUGCAGAGUGCCAGCCAACCACGUCUGUCCCAUGCUGAGAUGUUAGAAGAUUACCCUCGUUACCCGGACAUUCACGACGUCAAUCUCACCCUCCUGAACCCCCGCAUGAUUGUGGUAAAAUAGAUGUCAAAUGCUUUAUUCCCCUAAAUUUCACAUCAAUCUUUUAUAGGAAAAAUAACAACAGUAAUAUAAGAAUAUUUAACUUGUUAGUUUCCUACUGCGUCCAUGAGUCUGUUAUUACCAAAGUUAUGUUACGGACCUCAGAAAGGCUGCGUUUACUUGACUGGAUUCUGAGAUCUACUGCACCUGGAUCUCUAAACACUGAGCUGAAUAUCAGUUGCUCAUCUUAGCACUAGUCCAAAUCUUUCUGAAGCUAAGGAGGCCAUAGAAGCUAUAGGUUAAUGGUGAUUACAUAUAUUGUAUAUGUCUGUGUUUUCUCUCUCUUUUAGGAUGUCACCCCAUACAUGAAUCCAUGCCCCUUCAGCGUUUCUCCAAACACCCAUGCCUCGCAGGUGUUUAAUCUCUUCAGAACCAUGGGAAUCCGACAUUUACCGGUAGUUAAUGCUGUGGGGGAGGUGAGUUCUCUUGGGGUUUUUUUGGCUGGAGGUAGAGAAAAAUGUCUCUUGUAAAUUUUAAAGAGCUGGGUGAAUUAAUUAAUUAAUUAAUUAAUUUGCAUUCCCAACUCCGUGAUGUCAGCCUGUAGAUUCUAUCAUAGAAACAUAGAAACAUAGAAACAUAGAAUGUGACGGCAGAUAAGAACCAUUCGGCCCAUCUAGUCUGCCCAAUUUUCUAAAUACUUUCAUUAGUCCCUAGUCUUAUCUUAUAGUUAGGAUAGCCUUAUGCCUAUCCCACGCAUGCUUAAACUCCUUUACUGUGUUAACCUCUACCACUUCAGCUGGAAGGCUAUUCCAUGCAUCCACUACCCUCUCAGUAAAGUAAUACUUCCUGAUAUUAUUUUUAAACCUUUGUCCCUCUAAUUUAAGACUAUGUCCUUUGUUGUGGUAGUUUUUCUUCUUUUAAAUAUAGUCUCCUCCUUUACUGUGUUGAUUCCCUUUAUAUAUUUAAAUGUUUCUAUCAUAUCCCCCCUGUCUCGUCUUUCCUCCAAGCUAUACAUGUUAAGAUCCUUUAACCUUUCCUGGUAAGUUUUAUCCCGCAAUCCAUGAACCAGUUUAGUAGCCCUUCUCUGAACCCUCUCUAAGGUAUCAAUAUCCUUCUGAAGAUACGGUCUCCAGUACUGUGUACAAUACUCCAAGUGAGGUCUCACCAGUGUUCUGUACAAUGGCAUGAGCACUUCCCUCUUUCUACUGCUAAUACCUCUCCCUAUACAACCAAGCAUUCUGCUAGCAUUUCCUGCUGCUCUAUUACAUUGUCUGCCUACCUUUAAGUCAUCAGAAAUAAUCACCCCUAAAUCCCUUUCCUCAUAUGUUGAGGUUAGAACUCUAUCAAAUAUUCUGUACUCUGCCCUUGGGUUUUUACGUCCAAGAUACAUUAUCUUGCACUUAUCCACAUUAAAUGUCAGUUGCCACAACUAGAGAUCUACCUGCUGGCAAACUCUGGAUUCAUAAUCCUUGUCUGUGACAGCAGAGGUCCAUAUGCUGAGCUGGGAUCACUUCCAGUAUGAUGGAUUUUUUUUUAAAGAUUGCAGUUUUGUGUCAUGGCAUAAACUCAUCUCAUUUUUAUUUGGCUUAUUGUAAAUUGCAGAUUUAUUGAUUAUUCACAAAGCAUUCAUAGUCAUUUUUUUUUUUUUUUUAAACCUUUUCAGUUAUUCGGGGAAUGCUGUGUAAACUAACUGUUCCCAUCAGUUACAGUUUUUCUGUAAAUCUGCAAUGUUGAUCAAUUUCCAGGAGGUGGCAAUCAAGCACCUUGAGAGACAGUUUUUUUCCUGUAGUAUUUAACUAUAUUCAUUUUAUAAACUAUUUUAACAGGAAGGAUGCAUUGAGAUUUCUGUUAUUUACAAGUAUGUGUCUCACAUUUUUGUUGUUGUUUAGAUUGUUGGUAUAAUAACCCGCCACAACUUGACCCAUGAAUUCCUACAAGCGCGGCUGAGGCAACACUACAUGACCUCCUGAUCGUUUAAGUGACGCGCCUCCCCCCGAUUGCAUCUUGUACACCAUGUGCCGGAGGGUUGUUUUCCAAAGACUCCAAGCAUGGGCUCCGAAGUAGUGAACGAUUUGAUUCUAAUUUGAUACUCCUGCCAGGCCCGUCUCUCUCCACCCUUAUCUGCCUCCUUGAACAAGGAAUCUGCUGCUACUGCAAGAUGUAAGGAUCUAAACGUAUGCUGCACUCGGUUAAUGGACUGUUAAGUGUUCUAAUGCUGUGGGCGUUUUGGCUCCUGGUGUGAGCCACUGUUUUGUAAUGUGUCUUCUCUUGUUCUCUCUGCUUUGAGGGGUGUAUUUCUGUGCAGAGUCAGCUGUUCAAUUAUGACGUCGGUGAUUUUCUGCAAGCUUUAGAGAGGUGAGAGAUUACGGUCAUCUCUUACGCCCGUUGGGAUUGGCACAGCCCAUAUCUUCAAAAAAACUUGUCUUCCCAACGUAGAUGGAUGAAUCUCCUGUUUAUUUUACAUCCCUACCGCAAAUGUUUUAUUUAACAUUCCUUUGAAAUCUAGUGAAUUGAUUUCCUUCCAGCUUUCAUUGGCACUGCAAAAGAUGUUACUCUCUUACUACGUGUCUUGACUGUGUGAGGACCAGGGUCUUGUAUACCUGAGACGUCCAAUCUGGGUGCUUUUCUUCUGUUGGUAAAAUACAGUUUCUAUAACUCUCUUCCAGACAUGGGGUAUGGUAGCUGUACUUUACCAAGAGCAAGGGAUAGCAAUUUGAUUUCCCCGAUUUUAUAAACCCAGAGGUGAGCUUAUCCUUAAACGCCCAACAUGAAAUACUAACUUAUGCUUGCCCCUGUCCAUCCAUGUACUUACUGGGUGUGUACAUACACACUUCAUCAUUCAUGUUUUCUAAUGAAUGGAAGAGCUGCGACGUGCCGCCUUACGUAUCCUUAAAUGGCUACCCCCCCCCCUCCAUGGAUUAUUCAGAUAUGUCCCAUAAUGUGACACUGUAGGAAAACAAAUCUAUUCUUUGAAUUCUUGUAAGGUUCAAGUAGGGUUUUAACGUGGGGGGGGGGAUAAAAAAUAUUGCUCAUUUAAUCUUGCUAUAAAAUAAAAAAUCACAGGUUUAUGGUUUCAUCAGAUUAUCCAGGCUUCGACGAAUAAUUGUAAUGACAAACAUGCGAGGACAGAGCCGAAUCUUUGCUGCUUUUUCUUUUUUCAAUGAAGGAACGUUUAUUUUUGCUAAAAUGUCAUUGUAAUCUGUCAAAAAGACUUCUGAAAUCAUGCUGGGUCUUACGGAAACAUUUUGUUCCCAAUGUCCCAGAAUAUAUUGCUAUUUUUUAACUAAACAUUGUGGGAGGUUAGGAAGAGCUGUAAUUGUUAAUUGUGAUCGUCUUCAUAGCUACCGAGCUCUCAUUAACCCUUCCAUGCCAGGGAGACCUGGGUUUCAUUCUGAUUAAAGAGAAAAUCCCUUUCGAGAUGUGUAUUUUUGAAUCCAGUUUUUAAAUGUAGAAAUAUUAGUCUAACUUUUAACACAAACUUCAGUUAAUACAAGAAUACACUGUCCAUUUGUUUACCCAUAUUACUUCAUAAUUCCACUUCUGUUCCGAGUCCUCGUUGAUAUUAAGCAUGACUCAAACCUUUCUAACAAAACAACCCUGUGACAUGGGACCCACUGUAUUGUGCGAGAUGAUCAUGGUAAAAUUAACUAAAUUUGCAUAAAAUGCCUUGUCUGUGCCUUGUCAAAAGGCAGUUCUAAUUUCAUUAUGGUUUAAGUAUUAGAUUUUCCAUCUAUCAAUCUAUAUUUUUGUAUAUCAUCAUGUGCGUAUCACUUGUAAUAUUAUUUUGGGACACUGGAUUCAAAAAUUUAGACACAACCAAUGUUCUUUAAUUGGUCAUGAUUGAUUUUUUUAUUUUCCCUUAGCGUGCUUUAUGAUCCCUUGUCAUGUCAUCCCAUUUUAUUAUAUGCACUGUAAAUUAUUUCAUUUUAAUUGUACAUAAUCUGUAGAUUUAUUCUUUUUUGUAUGUAUUUAAUUUUUUAAUUUAAAUUUGUGUCUGCAUCCUAUCAGUAUUAUCAUAUGUCCAAAUAAAAAAACUAAA